GGGAUGAGCUUCCCGCGGCCCCUGCGCCGCUCCGUGAGCCUCAGCCCGGCCCGCACCCUGCGCCUCGUCGUGCUGGGGCAGAGCGCAGUGGGCAAGACAGCAUUGACCGUGCGAUUCAUCACCAGGAGAUUCAUUGGAGACUAUGAUCCAACUCUAGAAAUGAUCUACAGGCACGUGGCUGUCAUUGACGGGGAGAUGGUGCACUUUGAGAUCCUUGACACGGCAGGACAGGAGGAGGACUCCCUGCAGAUCGAGGAGAAGAUCAAGUGGGGCGAUGGUUUUGCCGUGGUGUACUCGGUGACCGACCGGUGCAGCUUCGACGAGGUGAUGCGGCUCUGCUUCCUCAUCAACCACCUCCACGCCAGCCCCAAGCGCAGCGGCGGCGCCGAGCAGCCCCCCGUCGUCAUCGUGGGCAACAAGAAGGACCUGCAGUUCGACAGGAUGGUGUCCACGGAGGACGGUGAGAACCUCUCCAAAGCCCUGAAGCUUCCUUUCUACGAGAUCUCCACCCGGGACAGCUACGAGGAGCCGGUGGCCGUGUUCAGCAGCCUCUACCAGGAGCUGCUGAGGCAGGGGCACUUCUCCCCGGGCUCCUUCAAGAGGAGGACAGCGUCCAAGCUGAUGGAGAAGAUUCCCAAGAUGCAGGCCAGCUCCACCCUGAACUCUGUGGGCCGGAGCCUCAGCUUUAACUCCUUCAGGGACUACAUCCCUGAGCCCCUUGGCUUGCUCUCCUCUAGUGAGACUGUAAAUAAACCCUGGAAAGAAGGGCAGCAGAUGCUCCAUCCCUGCUGAAUCCACCACCUGCUCCCUGCUUUCCAAGGUUCCAAGUCUCCCCAGGCCUGACAUCUCCACCUCGCUGGGGCAGCCCAUCCCUGGGGGAGGCAAAU